AUGGUCUUUUACUAUCAAAUUAGUGACCCUGAUUACAUUGUCUAUAUGGGCAAGGACAAGUAUGAAAACGAAGAUUUAAUUAAAUGGGGAUGGCCCGAAGACGUUUGGUUUCACGUUGACAAUCUCUCUUCUGCUCAUGUUUACCUUCGUCUCAAAAAGGGAGAGACAAUGAAUGACAUUCCACAACGAGUCAUGGAGGAAUGUUGUCAAUUGACAAAGAACAACUCGAUUCAAGGUUGCAAGGAAAACAAUGUCAGCAUCAUCUAUACUCCAUGGGCAAAUUUAAAGAAAACUAGAGAUAUGGAACCUGGUCAAGUCAUGUAUCAUGAUGAAUCUCAGGUAAAAUAUGUAAAGAAUGUUAAAAAAGUAGCUAUUGUUAUUAAUAGACUUGAAAAGACAAAGGAAUGGAGAGAAGUACUAUUGAGAGAGGAAAGAGAAAGACGUGACAAGGAAGAACGUUUUACUCAUCGUACAGCAGCAGCUGAAGUUAAAAAGGCAGAACUAGAAGCUCAAAAUCAAAAGAAACAACAAGCUGAAAUCCUACAUUACACCGCCGUCAUGAAAAAGGAGAAUAUGAAAUCAAACAAAUACAAUUCUGUUGAUGAUGAUGAUUUUAUGUAA